AUGUCUGAUCAAGGAACGACCAAGAAGCGGCCACGCGAGGAAGAAGCACAGGAAACAGCUGCCCCAUCGUCCAAUGGAGCAGGCGCAACAUCUACCAGCGGUCAGGAAGGACGAGACGGCUCAUCCUCAAAGAGGCCUCGCCCAGAGGAAUCAUCGUCGUCGUCCUCUCUACUUGCAGAUGGUACACCCUCAGCAGCGCCACCACACCCUGAACAACAACAGCGCCCGCGUCCUCCACGACCUGCGUUGUUCUUCGGUUCCAACAUCCCAGACGAUGUGGUACAAGCCGUCGCCGACUUUUUGUAUGACCGCUGUCACGGCGAAAACGUUGAGAUUGAGGCAAAGGUCGGAAUUUUAAUAGACAAGACCACUCAACAGCGGAUUCAGAUGCCCGUCCAGAACGAGGUUGUCUUGGCAGAGACAAGUAGCAGAUGGUACACUUUUUCAUCGGACAUGACCGUGGCACAACAUGCUCACUUCAAUAGGUGUUUGAACAAGUCAGGUGAGAUGUCUCAGCAUUCAGAGUCCAAGGUGGCAUACAAACAUACGUAUGAGACGGAUCAGUUCUUCACCGUCCAGGGCAAGAAGACUCGAGUUAGCAGAGAUCAAAAGACCAAUGCAGUCAUCGGAAGUAUUCAGAAACGAAGGAUCGCGGAUUUGGACAUUUUCUCACCCCGGAGACCCUUUGACUAUCGUAUCUCUGUCAACGUAGAAGAACCAGUCGACCUGCCUAGCGGAAACCCAGAGCGUGAACGCAAAAAGGACCGUGUCUCCUAUCAACUCAACAACCUCAAGAUUGAUCUCACUCAAGUCAAAUCCAACAACAUGCCCAACAACCCUGCCCAGCCACCCAGCUACAGUCAAAUGCGGCCAACUGUACAACAAACCCAACUGGACCUUACGCAUGAACUGGAGAUUGAGUUUGUCAACGCAGCGGAAUUGGCUCGAGAACGUGAAAUACGGAUAAACAGUCAAGGGAGACAACCGGACCGGUUCCUGGAGAUCACGGCGAACUUUAUCAACAAUAUUCGUGGUCUGAUCGCCCAGGGGCAGAAUAUCCAACAUCAUCCUCCUCAACACAUGCAGCAGCGCUCCCAGCAGCAUCAACAUCAACAAAAUUACCCAAACCAGCAGAGACGAUAA